ACUCUCUGAAAUCCGGGUACGCACGGCUUAUUUGAGGUGGCCGACUUCCGCAACACAUUACACGUCGCAACAAGAAAAACAUUUACUUAUCAAGUAGUGCAGAGCUCGUUUGGUACUGACGUCUGAUUUUACUUAAUAUGGCUGCCAAUGGUCGAGGGAACAUGAGGCCUCAAUCGAGAUCUCCCCCAUUCUUAAUCACGGGGCUCGUGGUAGCGCUCGUUAUCCUCGGAGCAAACUACUGGAACCUCUCGUCCAGCAAUGCCUCGCUGUCGGCGGAGGUAGCGGACCUACAGGACCAGAUACGGGUCGUGUCAUCCAACAAAAUUAACAUUCAGAGGAAAAACGAUAAUGCUAUGCUCCGAGUUAGAGAUAUAGAAAUGGAACUGAAUAAGAAAAAGCUCGAGUUGAAAACUUCGAUAAAAGAGCUCGGCGAAAUUGGCAGUGCAAAGGAAUCCUGUACUUCAAAGCUAAAACAAAGUGAAGAUAACAUAAAUGGCAUACAACAAGAGCUGGCCACAUACAAAGAGAAAGUGCAGAAAUUUGAAUCUUCUAAACCAACAGAGAAACAACAAAAUUGUGAUGCAGUUUGCACAGAAAAAAGGAGAGAGCUAUUCUCCUUGAUGGAAAAACUAGGCUACUACCAGGUCCUGCAAGGUCUGAGUCAAAACGGAGUAGAUAUUUUUGAGUUCAAGGACAAAAUUAGUGGAAGACAAGGCAAUCAAAAGUCAGAGGGUGAAACUCCUAAGGAUGGGUCACUCCAGGGGUCCUCUCAAGAUAAGUCGCCACUGAUCAAAGGAUCACGGCCUACUACCAGUCAACCGGGUCAAAACAAAACUACCACCAAGAAACCGGGAAAACCGGCAACUGGUUCUAUACUAGAUGUAAAGAUCCGAGGUGGUAGCAAGGAAUAUGUUGAGUCAGCUGAGAAGGGUAAGGUCACCAAGAGUCCAGAGAGUGGAUCAAAGUCCAAUGCAACUCGGAGUUCACUGGGAUCAGUUGGAAGUAAAGGAGGAAACCAGAAUGCAACAGCUUCAAAAGGUGUGACUAAACCCCCAGGAGGACAGCCUGAUCCCAACACAGGUCUGAUUAUGUUUAGAACAAACAACUCACAGAAUUUUAACAUUAAGAAUGCAGUAGUUGGUGAGGGGAUUAAACAGGUUCUGCCUUCUGCGAAAGUUAGAUUAAUGAACGUUGGAAACAAUGUAGUUGAAAUGAAGAAUAAUGAGAAGCCUGUAGAUGAAGUGAAAAAAUUAGAGAAAACCAAGCAGGCUGAGAAGUUGAGACAGAAUAACAAUGAUAUUGAGGGAGAAGAGGAAUACAUUGAUGACAAUGCCAAUGACAAAAAACCUAAACAGCAAAACCUGCUAGAAAAAACGAACAAACAUGGCGCAGGGCAGCGAAACCAGGAUCCCGCCGCUGACUACGAAGAUGAAGAUGAUGACCCAGCGAAGGAUGCAGAGGGGGAGGAGGAUAAUAAGGGUGUGAAUAGUAUUGAUGCAUUGAAGAGGAGACUGGAUAAUAAAAUGUAAGGGGGGACAAUUCACAUACUGAGGGGAAAAUAGGACCGCCUUCAUCUAUUACUCAGGUCAUUGACGGCACUCGGAAUUCCUUUUUGUGAUUUUACUGUGUAUUUAUUUUUUUAUACUUGGUGUUGUAUGUCAUUAAGUUUUUAUCAUUACAUGAUGAAAAUGGAAAUCAAUCUUAAUAAUUGACAAGUUUAGUCCGUGUAUAGACGUAUAUGUACUUCAUUUACUUUAUGAGGGUAUGGUGAAAACAAACAUUUGGACAUUUACCACUGUGAAUAAUGGCUGGUGCAGUGUGUUUGUCAAUUUCAGUAUCUACACAGGUGACUCAAGAUGGCUCACACUUAGAUUUUUUUUUAAGAUUUUGAUUUCCUGAAGUGACAUCACAGUCCCAUUUUUUUCUCUCCAUGUAACUAAGCAAAUUUACUCAUUACCUCUCAUACUAAAAUUUGGGUGCCAUUAAACAUACAUGUAUGUUUUAGUGUUUUCACUUUCGAUAUCUGAAAGUGUUGGUGGCGUACACAUAAUGUAUAAAAAAAAUUCUGUUUGCACUUUACCUGGGUGGGUGUUUACAUAGGCAACACAACACCAUCAGAUCUAUUUUGGGAAGAUAAUUCUUUUAUUGGUCAGUUUUAAUCCUAAAUCUGUGCUUCAUUGGGGGGGAGGGGGUGUAGAUGAUUGUUUAUAUUGAUGACAACUGAAUUGUUGUAUGAAGCCAUUUAAUAUUUAAAGGUUUGUGUUGACUUACAAGGAGUCUGUAGUUUUAAAAAAAUAAUUCUGAGACAUGCUAAUAAAAAAAUUAUCCCAGGAUGUUGUGAAUAUACUAAAGAAAGGUCAGGCCUUAAUAUUGAAUUCAACCUUUGAUCUCUUGUGACCUCUUGAAUUUUUAUCAAGGUCCCUUGGUUAUCUUGAGUCACCUGCAUUUUGGUUUUUUGAUGGCGAAUUAUUUCACCGAUGGCAGUGAGAAAAAUGUCGGAAUUUAUAAGUUAGCACAUCCAGAGGGUUUUGUCCGGGUUUCUUUUCAAGACAGAAAGUGAUGACCAGAAAUUUUAUUAUGUGUUUAAACUUGAAUUGUGCUUAUCUGUACGUUUUCAUUUGAAAUAUGUGUUGCUUGCAGAGCAAGAAAUUUGAAACUAUGAGAGGUUGAACCUUUCUAGCAUGCAUGUUCUGUAAGUGAAGUUUGUUUAAUAUCCUAGACAUUGAACACUAACGCUGGGGCACCUGUUCCUUGAUACACCCUAGAUUGGUUUCUUUGCUGUAAAUGAAAGCUUCUCAUUGUGAAGUUUUUCAGUUGAUAUUAUCACAGAUUAUACUUAGUUUGGAGUAGAGUUUGAAUGUGUACAUGGUGUAUAUAUGUGUAUGAGAGGCAAUUUUUAUGUACAGUACCAACCAGACCCAACCUGACAAAAAGCAGUCCCAGAGCAGUCCUUGGGACUGCUUUCUGGGACUGCUUAGCAGUCCCAGUAAAAAAACUGAAAAGCAGUCGCAGCGGUCCCAGCAGGCGGGGUUAAAAUAACUAGUGGGAGGAGCUAAGCUGACAGUGAGAUUAACAAUAAACAUUGUCGAUAAUCACUGGAGCGCGUUAAUACAGUAGUCGAAAUCAAAGAUAAAUGACUUACAAUGUAACUAAAGAGAAAAACAAUACAUUAUACAUGAAAACAGCACAUAUUCAAAAUACUUGUUUGACACUUUUUCAUGAAUUUAUAACAAAAUGAUCGUUUAUGAAUACGAGUGAAAAAAGAUACAUGCAGAGUUUAUCAGUCUAAUAACCACAAUUUCACAACGUAAAACCAAUUGACGUCCAUGUUCUAUCAGGUAAUUUUGUUGUUGUUAUUCAUUAUUUAUUUUUUAAAUAUUUCAUACAUGUGUAGUGUAUCUUGGGUUCUGAAAAUUAUGUAGCCUAAUUAUAUUUAUUUCUUGACUGGGUUAUUGAAAUAAAUAUGUUUAAAGUCGCCUAAAUGAUUUAUUCACUUAUCGUCUUAUUAAACAAGCAAAAACUGCUUUCCACCUACGUGUACACGUAUUUUUAAUUUGUAAAUGAUUGGUAAGAUAUGGGUUACUUAUUGCUAGCAUUGUCUCGCCGAAUGUAGGGAGAUAUUCUUGUUAUUCUCUUUCCAUCCAUUAUUUUCUCAAGUUCUCUAGUGAAAGUGCGUCAGUAAGCGGUGAUAAAACUACUGAAAUGAUUUGUGUAUAUUCUGAAUACACAGUGGGUGGGGCUUUCUUGUCAAUCAUAACAUUACGUGAUUCAUUCACACUUAGCUGAACAAAGCAGUCCCUGGGACCACUGGGAGUGCUUUCCCACUUUUUGAAAGAGCAGUCCCUGAGACUGCUUUCUGGGACUGCUUGGGUGUCAGGAUGGGUCUGGUUGGUACUGUAUGUUAUUAAGAAACAAGGUAUCAUUUUAUUAAGCAUCUACAAAAUAUAGAUAGUUAUGUGAUCAAAUCACAUUCCAGCUGUAUCUAUAUCAUACAGAUGUGUGCAUCAUGAUGCUUCAUGUCAUAUUUACAGUUUUGACCAAUAUGGAACAAUAUUUUGUCGUGUAGAGGCUCAGUUUUUAGUCCGAGACACAGAAGUGCGUCUUUUCUUUCAAGAAUGUUAUGGUUCAUGCUAUGACAUCACAGUUGAAUUGCAUAGCAGUGACCUUGACCCUAGAAUGUAUCCAUACUGUAUAGAUAUAUAUUAUUGUGGGAAAUCCUAAUGAAUACAAAUAUUAACAAAGACCUGAAAAUGUUGGUUUUGAUUUUGUUUUAUGGGUUAAGAAUAUACCUGGUAGACUAAGUGAAUUAUAUUCAUGUUAAUUAUAAUCAUUUUACUUGAGGUUUUGAUGACUCUUUAGUUGAUACAACUUCUUCACAUAUUUUUUUUUGAUUUUCCAUUUUGAUUGUUGGUUUUCUUAGUCUCAGAUAACAUUAUUUAGUCCCACAAUUCCUUUUUGUGUUCAUUGCCUGUUAGAUUGUAUGGGUACUUAUUUUAGAUUAACGGUAGAUCAAUCGCUAGAAGUGGUAAACCAGUUUAUGUACAGUGAAAACUGCUUAAUCUGACACCUAUGUAUAUUACAGUGAAAACUGCCUAUUCCGAUGCCUGUGUAAUCCGUUUCACUGGUCAUUCAUUCUCAACUUCGUUUUUUCAUUUUUAGACUGUCUAUUCUGACCAAAAAAAGUCAUCUCUGUGCAUGUCGGAUUAGACAGGUUUCGCUGUAUUUAAUUGGGAUAUUUACAUGUAGAGGUAUUGCCUUUUUGUGGUGUAUUAUCGCUUUGUGUUUUAAGUAUUAUCACCUUGUUCAUGAUAUUUAUCAUGUAUUUUUUCCUAUGUUCAGGUUCUCAUUUUGAAUGAGCCACAUGCUCAAUGUAAUUCCUGUUAGCAAUGAUCAAACAUAUCAUGUAUGAAUUUGUACAUUCCCAUUUUCAUUGGAUCUCAAACUUAGAAAAUCCUGACUACAGAUUUCUGUUUUGAUGUACAUGUUCCACUUUGAGCAUAAUACACAGCUGUCAUAGUCCUCAUAAUUAUCCUAUGUGUUGUUACUUAUUUCAAGUACUAUAAUCAAAUGUUUCUUUUAUCUGUAUAUGCAAACCUUUUAUUAAGAACGUAUAUGCCAAGUGUUAUAUAUUGAGUCACAUUUAUAUUCUGUGAUUUAUAAGACAACUUCCCAGCGAGAUGGACCAAGUAGCUCCGUGUUUCGGAGGUGUCCACAGAGCAUGAAAUUGCAUGCCUUAAUCUCCCUUGUACAUUACUAUUGUUACUUUUGUUUUGACUGGUUCGCUGCAAAUCCUUUUUUUGUGUGAUAUGUAUAUAAAGGUAAAUCGGUGAUACUGACUAAGAUUUUAAAAAAGUCUUCACUUGAAUCAGAAUAACUGUAGAGAUUAUAAGAUGAUGUGUUUUUUACUAUUGAGAGUACACACGGAAACUGAUAUCGAGGGCUUCAAAAUGUGCGUGUUGUUACAUUAUGUACAGGUAGUUCAUCUCUUUUAACCAUCAUGAAUUGGUUUGUGAUAUCUUUAUAUGCAUUUGUUGUUGCUGUCACUGUUUUGUGAAAUAAUGUAGAUAAAUUGAGAUUUAUAGAGGGGUGGACAUGUGGGGAGGAACGAUUGGGUUUUGUGAAAUAAUGUGGAUAGAUUAAGAUUUACAGAGGGUCAGACUUGUGGGGAGGAAUGAUUGGGUUUUGGUGUUUAUUCACUGUGUCAGUUUGAUUUCAUUAAGGGCAUGCGUGUACAAUUUCUUUUUAUAUUGACCUGUGUUGGUGAUUUGUUCAUCAGACCACAAUUUUUCUAAGAAAUCAUUUACUAAUACAUAUUUCUACUAAUAGGGCACAGGCACUCGACGUUUUGAAAUAUAUCGAUAUAAUAAAAACUUGGGUUCCUGUAAACAAACUAUAAACUCAGGAACUGGUAAUUUUGUUUGUAAUAAUGAUAUUCAAGGUCUACCAUACCACCCCCUAAUGUGUUUUUUGUUAUAGACCCCUAUUAGACAAAAUUACCGGUUCCUAGUUAUAAAUAGUUUGGGGACUGGAAGACAAUUUUUUUAAAAGCUAUAUAUUCUAAAAUGGCGACAUCUUGCGUUAGAAGGUUAACUACACUGACAUUUUCCCGAUUUUGAAUAAGAUUAUAUAAUUUGUUCAUGAUUCAAAUACCCAAUAGAUAUUGAUAGUUGAGAGGUACGAGUCCGAGAAUCUUGAUGUUGUGAGUUCGAAUGCAGUUGGGAAUUUCUGUUUCGCCUUUUUUAUAUUUUCAUUGGAGAAUCAGCGAGAUAGUUUUCUUGAUGAAGCACACUCUUGUGUGUUUUAUGUUGGUUGUAGCAUUUACAAUAUCAGUUACAUGUCCGACACUGGAGUACUGCUAUAAAAAUACUUUUGUUUUCUAGUGUAUCAGGCCCUGUAAAAACAACAGUCUUCUGUUGAUUCACGCUAAUGUACAACCAGUAAAAAUAAAACACCUUAAAUUUGGCUUUAGAAUGGCUGAGGCAUUGUCUUACCCUUAAUAAUUUAUAUAUGUUCAGAGAGCUAUAGUUUGAGUUUCCUUUAGUCUGGCAUUGGAAUGGGUGAGGUACUGUUUUAUCAUGAGUGACUGUGUGUAUCUCAAAAUAAAAAUUUUAAAAACUACAGUUAGGCUGGUGUUCUGGAAAAAUUAUCUCCCUUGAAAGUUCGAAAGAGGGCUUCAAUAAUUGUUCUGCAACGACUCGACAACCACGACUUUCAAACGACUUUCUAAACAGUCCAUACAGAACCCUUUUAUACUAUCUGACUUAUCAAUAUGCACACUGGGUGUAUACAUGUUUACAAGGAUAUACGUGUACAUGCAUUAUUACCAUAGAUUUGAUAUACAGUGUAUCUAGCUAUGAACAAAUAGCAGUUAAAAUUAAAGCCUUCUCUCAGCACUCUAAAUCUAUACUUUACCGGUAAAUUAAAAAAUAUACAUGAUUGUUACCACCUGGGAUUUUUACUUUGAGGUUUAAUUGUGUAGUAUAUUUUGCCACAAUUUAUUGGUAUACACUGAAAAUAAAAUAUUUUUUACUGGGAA